AGACAACAAUACUCUAAUUCAAUUCUAUGCUUACUUCCUCACAAGCUCUCUUAUCUUUACCUACCACCAUCACUCGAUAAUAAUAAUACCAAUAACAUGAAUCACAACACCGCCACCGCUACCACAACCACAACCAAACGCCCCAAACCCGGGGACCUUAACGAUGAAGUUACAAAAAAAACAAAGAAAACCGACAUUGAUCAAAUAAACCACCCUGUAUACCGCGGUGUACGCAAGCGGAGUUGGGGAAAAUGGGUGUCAGAAAUCCGCGAGCCAAAGAAAAAAUCAAGAAUAUGGCUUGGGACUUUUGACACCCCAGAGAUGGCGGCCCGGGCCCAUGAUGUAGCUGCGGUCGCCAUCAAAGGUAACUCGGCCAUCCUCAACUUCCCUGAGCUGGCUCACCAACUCCCCAAGCCGGCUUCAAACUCCCCUAGAGAUAUCCAAGCCGCGGCUCUUAAAGCCGCCACGUUGGUCCUUCGAAGCCUUAAUUCCGAUAAAGAUGAACAAUCCGAGCCAACCCGGAUUGAUCAACUUCCAUGUUCUUCGUCUUCAUCUUCAUGUUCACUUCAAAGUGAUAUAACGGAUGACCCGUUUCUUGAUUUGCCGGAUCUUUAUAUGGACCUCGGGUACCGGAUUUUUAACACAUUGUCAGAGAAGAGUACUGGUAACAAUGAAUUCUGGCCAGAAGAUCAUUUCUUGUGGAGCUAUAGCUAAAAAUGUUUUUGUGCUAAAAUAAUAAUAAUAUUAUAUUGUUGUUACGUCUAGAAACUUAAAUUUUAUUAUUUGUGAGAUUGAAAUCUAUAUUGUUUUUUUGCUCAUUUUUGUAAAUUAAGUAAGUUGAUUUAUGGCCA